UUCAUUCUACAAAUACACUAUAUAAUAUAUCUUCAUUUUUCAUGCAUGUUAAUUCUUAGUUUUCUUAUGAUAUUCAAAACUUAUUCUUAACUUAUGCACCUUGAAUCCAGGGUAAUGGAUGAUCAAGGUGGUAAUAAUUCCUUCGUGUCGAAAGCAAAAACUGUUAUCCAUUCUGCUGCUGCCAAAGCUGAACGUGUUAUCAAGGACUUUAAAUCUGAUCUUGAUUCUGAAAAGCAAUUGCGUGACGAUUGUGGAAGGCAAAGACAUGAGGGAGCUGAAUCUGCUAAGAAUGAGAAUGAGUCAAAGUUUCUGAGUGAAUUGAAGCAAAUUAAGUGGAAACCUCGAAAUAUAGGAGGAACAAAGCAGGAAUGGAAAGAUAGAAUUAACAACAUACGGAAAGGGCGUAAAGAAAAUGAAGUUACAGAAAAGGUUGGAGAUGCAAGCAUGGCUGCUGUUCCACUUAAUGAUGAAGAUAUGUGCAUUGUUCAUGUGAAAAAGGAUCUUGAUGCCAAUGUUUCAGAAGGAUUUCUCUCGGUUGAAGGCUUAACUGCUGCGGCUAAAAGGCCUAUUCCUCCAUCUUCUGUCCUGAAGCAAUUGGCUAUAGCUGUUGAGGCUGGAAGGAAAGCAAAUUCAAUGAAAGAUUUUGCAGCUUCAUCAGGAGGUUCUUCACCCUCCAAAGAGAGGGUAGGCUUAAGUCUCUCUGCGGUGAAGGCUUUAGUGUUACGCGGGAAAGAGUACAAACUUGCCUCUGAGUUUAGUAGCAAUGAGAAAGUUGUGUGUUUGAUUUGUUCUCUUUUUGAUCCAGAGGGAGAUUUCCUUAGAAGGAAGAUCAACUCCAAUUUGGAGGAAAUUGACAUAACAUCUUUUGUAAAAGAUAUUCAUGGUGCUCCUCCUGAAAGCCUUGUUGUUAAGCUAGCUGAAGUAAUCGGAAGCUUUAAGACCCUUCGAGAAAUGGCAUUUUUUUGGUGCUGGUUUGUUGCUGAACUGAGAAAACUUUGGUCGAAAGAAAAACAUUUACCUGGAAUCCCUCUUGAUGACAUUCCAGAUUUGAAGUCAUGUCUUCUCUAUCAACAUUUUCAAGUAAUCAAUUGUUGCGUCUCUCGGAAACAGCGCCAUGUCAUUGCAACUGAAUUGCUUGAUUCUAUGAUGAUGAAGGCAAAUUCAAAUGAAUUAGAAUCAACAAACUGUGGCAAUGAUACUUCUGCAAGUCGUUUGUUAUAUGCUCGAGUAAGUACUGGAGAGCUUGUUCUUCGACUUGGUGCUCAUUCUCCAUCUGGAAAUAUGAUGUUAUUGGAAACUGGCGAGCCUGCGUACUCUCCUAUCACCCAGCAAGGAGUGUUGCUUACCGAAGAUAUGAUCAAAGCGAACGAGGAAUUUGUGCUGCAGACAGGGAGUCUCGGUGCCGGGUGCUCUCAACUCCUGUCCGAUAUGCAGGCUUUCAAGGCUGCAAAUCCUGGUUGUAUUUGGGAAGACUUUGUGAGAUGGUACUCUCCUCCUGAUUGGAUCGAAAGCGAAGCAAGUACUGAAGAUAGUUGUUCUUCUGAUGGUAGUGGUAGCGAGUCAUUGUCUACCAGAGGUCGUCUAAGUCGACGGAUGCGGAAAGAAGGUAAUUUGUGGCGCGAAUUUUGGGAAACAUCUCAGCCGGUACCUGCUGUGAAACAGGCACCUCUCUAUGAUGAGGAUUUGGCAGUGGAAGGGAUUCUUCAUGCAUUUGAGGACAUUCAACCAGUUGAGCUUUUUGGGCAGCUGUUUGUUUCACUACUUGGUUUAGGAUUUACAAUUGCUGAACCAUUGCUUUCUGGUAACGAAGACUUCUCGAAGUUGUUCAAUGACUGCAAAGAGUAUGCUAUUACUUCUUGUCAAAGCAUCAGAUUCAGCGAGAAAGUUGGUGAACUUGUUCAGGUAUAUGAAACAGUGGAGACAAUGUUGCUGAAUCCUGAGGAGGCACUAAAGAUGAUGAACCCUUCAGAAGAAUCAACUGCAACUACCGGUGAAACAAAGCGUCGGUUCAAGAAGCUUAGCCAUAUCUUUGCUGGCAAAGAUAAACUUUUGUCAAGGUCUUUUCUGAAAGAUAAGAUCAACAAUGAAGAAAAGAAGAUUCGACAAUCUUUUUCGAGUUUCUUUGACAAGAAGUCGACCUUAUUCUCAAAGAAGCCUCCCAAAGAAGGAAAGUUGUCCCCUACGGAGACAACUCCCUCUAUGGAAGAUGAUUGGACAAUAAUUCAUAUUUAGGAUAAGCAAUCUUUCUCUAAAACCGUAAAUUAUUUUCUUUAUUUUUUUUCAAAAAUUAAUUAGUGAAUUGCAAACUUUAAUGAGUUUAAGGACUAUACACCGACAGGGACACAUAGUAUAGAAAUGUUUUACAUAGUCAUGAAGUCAUAUUUUUCAUAUUAUUUAGUGAAAUAUUUAAAUGUUGUGAUGUGAUUAGAUGACUAUGUAAAACAUUUUUACAUGUAUUAUGUAUAGUCCUUAAAUCUUUUAUUAUUAUGGAGUACACCAACUAUUACUUAGCUUAACUUAUUGAUGAGGCAUUAUUAUAUUGUAGAAGGAUGAUCAAUCAAAAUCACAUGUGUUUCCUCCCUUCUCAAACAAAUUUUAUAGUUUUUUA